AUGUCUUCGGGCGACGAGCAGUCGGGCGACGAGGAAGAGGCGGUCUCCCUGUUCCGUCCCUUCACCAAGGAGAGCCUGGCGGCGAUCGAGGCGAGGAUAGCCGAAGCGAGCGCUCGGAAAGCCGAGCGGGAGAGGCUGAAGGCCGAGGGCGAGAUCGGGCCGGACGGCAUCCCGGAGCACUACUCCAUCCCUCACCACGAAGACAGGUUGGAGCCGGACCCCGCCCUCGAAGUCGGCAUGCCGCUGCCCAGGAAUCUUGUGCCCGACUUCCCGCCACAACUCAUUGCCACGCCCAUCGAGGACCUCGACAAGUACUACGAGAACGAAAGGACGUUUAUGAUUAUAAGCAAAGGAAAGGAUAUCUUUCGAUUCAGUGCAACUGACAGUAUGUGGAUUCUUACCCCUUUCAACCCUGUGCGUCGUGUUGCCAUUUACAUCCUUGUCCAUCCUGCCUUCAGCUUUCUAGUUAUUGUUACUAUUCUUGUAAAUUGUGUGCUCAUGACAAUGCCUAGUAAUGAAACUAUUGAAAGUUCAGAAACAAUAUUUACAUCAAUAUACACUGUUGAAUCAUGCAUCAAAGUGGUAGCUAGGGGAUUUAUACUUGAAAAGUUCACAUAUCUUCGUGAUCCAUGGAAUUGGUUGGAUUUUAUAGUCAUUGCCUUAGCAUAUGUUACUAUGGGUGUAGAUUUAGGAAAUUUGAGUGCAUUAAGAACAUUUCGUGUGCUCAGAGCCUUAAAAACUGUAGCUAUAAUUCCAGGUCUCAAAACUAUUGUAGGAGCUGUUAUAGAAUCUGUCAAAAAUCUGAAGGAUGUUAUAAUCCUUACUUUAUUCUCUUUAUCAGUAUUUGCCUUAUUGGGUUUGCAGAUUUACAUGGGUGUAUUAACACAAAAAUGUGUUAUUAACCCAGAUCCUAGUCUUAAUUUAACGUGGGAAGAAUAUUAUGAUAAUUAUUCUCAUACUAAAGAAAACUGGUCUUUAGAAGACGGUAAUUAUAUUUUAUGCGGAAAUUCAUCAGGAGCAAGGCAAUGUCCAGAAAAUUCAACGUGUGUACAAGGAGUUGGUCCUAAUCCCAAUUACGGUUACACUUCAUUUGAUAGUUUUCCAUGGGCUCUUUUAUGUGCUUUUCGUUUAAUGACUCAAGAUUUUUGGGAAAGUUUGUAUCAAAUGGUGCUAAAAACUGCAGGUCCAUGGCACAUGUGUUUUUUUGUAGUGAUCAUCUUUUUGGGCUCAUUUUAUUUAGUGAAUCUGAUUUUAGCCAUUGUAGCAAUGUCAUAUGAUGAGUUACAAAAGAAGGCAGAAGAAGAGGAAGAAGCAAUUGCUGCUGAAGAAGCAGCAUUGCAGGCUGCUGCUGAUGCUGCUUUUAACUCUUAAUUCCAGGCUGAGCAGGAAGCAGCAUUAAAUGCGACGCCUCCAGAUGGCGCUGUCAAAAGCCCGUCUGGCUCCUCUUGUAGAUCCUACGAGUUGUUUGUUGGCCAAGAUAAAAUGACGGAUGAACGAGACAUGAAGGAAAGGGCUAGCAUCAAAAGUGAAAAUGGAGAAAGCUCAGAAUCAAGGUCACAUAUGAAUGGCAAAGUAAGGAAGAAAAAUAGAGCAUGUUAACUGAAAAAGGGUAAAUAUUCUCAAUUCUAGGCCAGCCUAAGUCUUCCUGGUUCUCCAUUUAAUAUUCGGCGUGCUAGCCGGGGAAGUCAGUACAGCGUGAGCUGGCGCAAUGGCCGUCGUUGUGGUGACAGAAAGCCCUUGGUCCUCAACACCUACAAAGAUGCUCAAGAGCACCUGCCAUAUGCUGAUGAUAGCAAAGCUGUAACCCCUAUGUCCGAGGAAGAUGGAGCCAUAGUUAUCCCUGUACAUUAUAACACAAAUUUAACAUCAAGGCAUUCCAGUUACACAUCUCAUCUAUCUAGAAUUUCAUACACUUCACAUGUGGAUGUAUAUAGCAAAGGUUUGACAAAGGAAGAUCAGCUGAGGUCACGCUCAAGGAUCCUACAAGGCCUCUGUUUUGAGGAUUCACCCGACUCUGAUGACUGUGGCUUGUCAAAAAAGACACAUGAUAGUCCAUUUUCUGAGCCUCAUAGACAGACAGUAGUUGACAUGAAAGAUUUAAUGGUAGUCAACGACAUUAUUGAACAAGCAGCAGGACGUCAGAGCAAGGAAAGUGAGAGAGAAAGAGAUGAAGUGGAAAAAAAGUUCAAGGAACGGCUCAAAGAAAAGUGUAUGACGAGUUGCUUGAAAUGUAUAGAGAUCUUCUGUGUGUGGGACUGUUGUGGAUGCUGGGUGCGCUUUCAAGAAAUUGUCUCACUAAUAGUCUUCGACCCCUUCAUGGAGCUCUUCAUCACCCUUUGUAUAGUAGUGAAUACCAUCUUCAUGGCCAUGGAUCAUCACGACAUGGAUCCUGCAUUUGAGAAAUUCCUGAAUUAUGGAAAUUAUUUCUUUACAGCUACUUUUGCAAUUGAAGCUGGCUUCAAACUAAUUACAUUAAGCCCAAAAUAUUAUUUCUGUGAAGGUUGGAAUAUAUUUGAUUUCAUCAUAGUAGCUCUAUCUCUAAUAGAGUUAGGCUUAGAAGGAGUUCAAGGUCUUUCAGUUCUCAGGUCUCUUCGUUUGUUGAGAGUGUUCAAGUUAGCAAAAUCUUGGCCAACUUUAAAUCUCCUAAUUUCUAUUAUGGGAAAAACCAUGGGUGCUUUAGGAAAUUUGACAUUUGUUUUGGGGAUCAUCAUCUUCAUUUUUGCUGUGAUGGGAAUGCAGUUAUUUGGAAAAAAUUAUGAUGAGAAGAAGCAUUUGUUUCCUAAUCAAGAAGUUCCAAAUUGGAAUUUUAAAGAUUUUAUGCAUUCUUUUAUGAUUGUUUUUCGAGUUUUAUGUGGUGAGUGGAUAGAAUCCAUGUGGGACUGCUUACUUGUUGGAGGUUGGACAUGCCUACCUUUUUUUCUAUCAACUGUUGUGAUCGGCAACCUUGUGGUACUGAACUUGUUCCUUGCCUUGUUGCUGUCAUCCUUUGGUGCCUCUAAUUUGUCUCAAGCUCCUUCAGAUACAGCAGAUACAAAGAAGCUUCAAGAAGCUAUAGAUCGUUUUUCUAGGGGUUUUCAUUGCGUUAAAAAUUUUUUACUACAAGCAGUAAAGACAUCAGAUUUAAGGGAAGAUAUUGUAGAACCCACAACAACAGGUGAGUUUGUUGCAGAUGGACAGGUGCCAAUGAUGGAAAAAUUUUCCAAACAUCAGACAGAUCUAGAAGUAGUUAUAGGAGAUGAAAUGGAAAUAGCUAUUCAAGGAAAUGGACAAGCGAUUCAGAUGAAGGAAUCUAAUAAUUCCAUGCGUCCAGCCAUGAAAGAAUCAAAUAAUUCAAUGCGUCCAACCAUGAAUUGUGUUCCACCUGGUACAAAGAUAGAAAAACCAACUCCCAAAACUACUUUGGAAAAUGAGCAGACUGCUAAUAAUAAAAUACAUCCCCUGGUUGAUGAUGAUAAAAGUAAAAUGUCGGAUGUUAUUCAGAAAGGCAGCUUAGUUGUGGCAAAAAUUCCAAAAGAAGGAAGUGACUUAUCCAUUGACAGCGGGGAAGAAAAGAAGGACAUCAGUAAGGAGGACUCUGGAAAUAUCGGGGACUUUGACGGUGAAGAAGGCUCAGGUAUCCGAGAUGAGAUGGACACGGAUAAAAUAGAUACAGCAACUGAAGACAUAAUCGUUGAAUAUCCAGCAGAUUGUUGUCCUGACUGUUGUUAUGUACGAUUUCCCUUCUGUAAAGGUGAAGACACUCCUAAUUGGAAUAAAUGGGAUGCGGCAAGGAAGAAAAGUUUUAUUCUUGUUGAACAUAAAUAUUUUGAAACAGUUAUUAUCACUAUGAUCCUCAUCAGUAGUUUGGCAUUAGCGGCUGAAGAUGUAAAUUUGAAAUAUAGAGUAUGGCUCAAGGAAUCAUUACAGUACAUGGAUAAAGCAUUCACUAUUCUUUUUCUUUUUGAGAUGUUGCUCAAAUGGUUAGCUUUUGGUUUUAAAAAAUAUUUUACAAAUGCUUGGUGCUGGCUUGACUUUGUCAUUGUUUUGGUUUCAGUGGUUAAUCUUGUAGCCGGUUUUCUUGGGGCUGCAAACAUUCAAGCCUUCAAGACGAUGCGUACACUUCGUGCUCUUCGGCCUUUAAGAGCUCUAUCGCGCUUCCAGGGGAUGAGGGUGGUAGUAAAUGCCUUGGUCCAAGCCAUCCCAGCCAUUUUCAACGUUCUCCUCGUGUGCCUCAUUUUUUGGUUAAUAUUUGCAAUCAUGGGUGUUCAAUUUAUGUCUGGGAAAUUUUUUUACUGUCGAGAUGAUGAUAAAGUGCGGGUAAAUGUAUCAGUGGCUGCCAACAAAUCAAUGUGUUUGGAGAAGAAUCUUACGUGGGCCAAUCCUAAAGUGAAUUUUGAUAAUGUGUUGAACUCUUAUCUAGCACUCUUCCAAGUGGCUACGUUUAAAGGAUGGAUUGAUAUAAUGAAUUCAGCCAUUGAUUCUACAGGCAUCGACCAACAGCCUGAAAGUGAAGUGAACAUUUAUAUGUAUCUAUACUUUGUUCUGUUCAUCAUUUUUGGCUCAUUUUUUACUCUUAAUCUGUUUAUUGGAGUGAUCAUAGAUAACUUUAACGAACAAAAAAGGAAGGCAGGGGGCUCUCUUGAGAUGUUCAUGACAGAAGAUCAAAAAAAAUAUUACAAUGCCAUGAAGAAAAUGGGUUCUAAAAAGCCUGCUAAAGCAAUACCCCGACCCCAAAUUAAAUUGCAAGCUGUAGUGUUUGAUUUGACCACCAAUAAAAAGUUUGAUAUGGCUAUCAUGAUAUUUAUUUGCCUCAAUAUGACUGUGAUGGCCAUGGACCACUACAAACCGACUGAUCUCUUUGAUACUAUCCUGGAGCGCCUCAAUAUUUUUUUCAUUGCCAUUUUCACUGCCGAAUGUGUGCUUAAAAUUUUUGCUCUGCGCAUGUAUUAUUUCAAGGAACCUUGGAAUGUUUUUGAUUUUGUAGUUGUUACUUUAUCUAUAUUAGGUAUUGUUCUUAAAGAUUUGAUUGCAAAAUAUUUCGUUUCCCCAACCCUUCUUCGAGUAGUGAGGGUAGUGAAAGUGGGACGAGUCCUACGAUUAGUCAAGGGUGCCAGAGGAAUCAGAACUUUGCUUUUUGCCCUUGCUAUGUCUCUUCCUGCCCUGUUCAAUAUUUGCCUUUUACUAUUUCUCGUCAUGUUCAUCUAUGCUAUAUUUGGCAUGUCAUUCUUCAUGCACGUGAAGCAUCAAGUUGGUGUUGAUGAGAAUUUCAACUUUGAGACUUUUGGUCAGUCGAUGAUCUUGCUGUUCCAGAUGUCAACAUCUGCAGGUUGGAGUGAUGUGUUGGCCGCCAUCAUGGAGGAAGACGAAUGUGAUCCUUAUGGAAAACCCGGUGACGAAUUCAAUGAGCCCGUGGAGCCCAACUGCGGGAGCAGGAACAUUGCAGUAGCUUAUUUAGUAUCAUACCUCAUUAUUAGCUUUUUAAUCAUUAUAAACAUGUACAUUGCUGUUAUAUUAGAGAAUUAUAGUCAGGCCACUGAAGAUGUUCAGGAAGGCUUGACGGACGAUGAUUACGAUAUGUACUAUGAGAUAUGGCAGAACUUCGAUCCAGACGGAACGCAGUUCAUUCGGUACUCGGCUCUAAGCACGUUCCUGGACACUUUAGAGGAACCUCUACAAAUUCCGAAGCCGAAUAAGUACAAAAUUAUUUUGAUGGAUAUUCCUAUCUGCGAAGGAGAUCUGGUUUUCUGUGUAGAUAUCCUUGAUGCUUUAACGAAAGACUUCUUUGCGAGGAAGGGGCAUGUUAUAGAGGAGACAGGAGACUUGGAAGCUGUUGUGCCCAAAGAGAGAGAGGGUUACAAGCCUAUUAGCAGCACAUUGUGGAGGCAGCGUGAGAUAUAUUGUGCUCGAGUCAUACAGCUCUCCUGGAGGAGGUAUAAGGGACAGCUAGGGGACGGUCCAAGACAGCAACAGACUGCCAUCGUAGUAGAGAGUGAUGGACACAUGACGAAGAAUGGCCACAAAGUUGUGAUCCAUUCUCGGUCUCCUAGCGUAACCAGCCGAUCGACUGACGUGUGAUAUUUGUAGAAACUGAAGUUGAAUAUUGGCAUUAUAAAUAUAUAACAAAGUUUGCUCUGCUUUGAGAGUGCUUGUUGGUGACUGCUAAGUAUAUCUGCUUCAAGCCUAUAUUUUUAUAUCCUUUGUGCAGAGGUUGUGUAGCAGUGCACGCGGUUUAUGUGCUAAUCUUCAGAGACUUGGGCUUUAAGUUUCAGAUAAAUUAUUUUACAUUAAGGUAUAUUUUCACAGAGUAUAAAUAUCCUUUAAAAGAAAAACUACAGCACAUUUAAGAUAGUUGUGAACCGCAUGAGAAUGAAAGUUUGAAA